UGACCAUUUGAUGCUGAUGCACCGCACGAUGCCAGCGACCAAAAGCACGCAGUUUGACCUCGGACAUGCCCGUUGAUCACGUAAUCAAUAAGGCCAAAGUCUGCUUGUGCAAAAGGCGUGGUGCACGACCCUCCUCCCCAAAAACCUAUCUCUCGAGACGAUGGCUACCCCCACAGUGCUACCUGCACUCCCACAAAACUGGCAUGAACCUGCUUCGCCAGCAAAAUCUAUUUCCCCUGUCGUUCGCCGCCAACUACUACCAGCAGGUCCGGCAUAUCUCGCACAUGUCCGAAGGGUGGUGAACAAGCUUUCCUUCGAGGAAUACGACAAACAGGUCGAAGAAGAACAAAAACGGCUAGAUGCCCUCCAAGCUGAUGGAUUGAAUGGCGAAGACGAUUUGGGCGUCGGCGACGAGGAAGAGUCACCUGAGCUCCUGCUACUUGAUCCCAAGGAAUGGAAGAAACAAGACCAUUACCAGGUUCUCGGUCUUUCUCAUCUGCGAUACAAGGCUACCUCGGAGCAGAUAAAAAUUGCACAUCGGAAGAAGGUGCUUAAACACCACCCGGACAAGAAAGCCGGUAUUUCAAACAGCACCAACGAUGAUGCAUUUUUCAAAUGCAUCCAAAAGGCAUUUGAUGUACUUACCCACUCUGAGAAGCGCCGUCAGUUCGACUCCGUCGAUCCAUACUACCUUGCACUGGAGGAAGAUACCCCUACCGCAUCUGAUUUCAAGGGCAAAGACAAAGAUCAUGAUUUCUUCUUCAAGGCGAUGGGCCCAGUGUUUGAGAGGGAGGCACGGUUUAGCAAGCGGACUCCUGUGCCAAUGCUUGGUGCAUAUGGCGAUUCGAAGGAAACGGUAGAAGCCUUCUACGACUUCUGGUACAACUUUGAUAGCUGGCGGUCGUUCGAGUAUCUUGAUAAGGAGGUGAAUGAGGGUAGUGACAGUCGUGAUGACAAGAGAUACACCGAGAAGAAGAACAAGUCCGAGCGCGCACGCCGCAAGAAGGAAGAUACGGUGCGAUUGCGCAGCCUUGUUGACCUGACACUGGGGUUGGACCCACGUAUCAAGAGGAUCAAGCAGGAAGAAAAAGAAGCACGUGAAGCGAAGAAAAAAAAUAAGGCAGGGAACACGCCAGCUGAGCUGAAAGCGAAAGCAGAAGAAGAAAAACAGAGAGCAGAAGAGGAGGCGAAGAGGAAAGAGGAGGAAGAGAAGGUUGCUCGUGCGGAAGCAAAGAAGGCCAAGGCCGCCGCUGCUAAUGCGGCUAAGAAAGCACGAAGAGCACAACGCGCCGCGGAAGCCUCCUAAAAGAGACUCGAGCAUUUGGUAUGAUCGUACCUAUUUCUUAUAUGGGAUGACCUGUUUGUUCGUUCCUCCCCCCGAAUGAUGAAUGUGGUAUGUCGGUAUGAACCCAUGGAUAUUAUCGGACUGCACACUAUGCUUGUAAUGGAGAC